AUGACCAAAGCAGAUUUAGUCGACUUUGAAAUAUUAGACGAGGCAGGAAACGCAGAACAAGUCGAGAUGACUUUUGACAAGUCAAAGCCAUCAGAAUCACUCGACAAGCGUUCGCGGAUCAUCAACGAGAUUUAUGACACAGAGGAAUCGUAUGUACAAGGCCUUAAACUCUGUCUGAAGUACUACUACGACCCUUUGAUGCAAAACAAUGUGAUACCGAAAGAUAAACUCGAAGUCAUUUUUUUGCACUUUCCAGAUGUCAGCAGCAUUAACGACGCAUUUUUCCAGAAACUUACAGCACUGAGAUCACAAGGGAAACUCUACGAGUCGGUCGGAGCAACCUUUGUCGAGUUCGCACACUAUUUUAAAGUCUAUAAAAUGAUUGUCGGUAAUUCAGAAGCCGUGUUGGCUGCGAUGGCAGACAUUUCAAAGUCACAGAGUGUUUCGAGAUAUUUGGAACAAAAACGGUUGAUGAUCAACGCAAAGGUUCAAUUGGAUUUAAGGAGUUAUUUGAUUACACCCGUGCAAAGGUUGCCAAGGUAUAAUUUGUUGUUAACCGAUUUAUUGAAACAGACUCCCGAAGACCACGUUGAUCAUAAGAAUAUAGUCGAUGCUUUGGCAUCACUAAAAGAGUACACACAAUACGCAAAUGACUCCGUCAAAGAGAGGGAACGAAGAGAUAAGCUUGUCAGCAUUUCAAAAACGUUGGAUGGAACUUCCGCAGAACAAAUUGUGAAACCUGGAAGGUUCUAUGUGAGGUGUGGUGCGCUCACUGAAAUUGGUAGAAAGAUGAAUAAGCCCCGAUUCAUCUAUUUAUUCAACGACUUGUUCUUGUAUGGAACGGGUGACGAAAACAAAAAUGUCGUCAACGCGAUGUACAACAUCGAAAGUAUAAUUUUGAAGGAUAUGAAAGACUCCCCAAACUGCAAAUUUUGUUUUCGAAUAUUAAAUUUGAGUAAUUCGGAGGUCGACUUGACAUUCCAAUGUGGAAGCGAAGAAGAAAAGAAGGGUUGGGUUGACUCGAUCAAUAACGCGGCAAAGGAUGAAAGAAAUCGGCUGUUGACUUUGCGAAAUGAAAUUCAGACAACAACAGAAACAGUGUGGGUGCCCGAUGAAGAGGCAAGCGAAUGUAUGCGAUGCGGCACACCAUUCUCCUUGUUUUUCAGAAAACACCACUGCCGUAAUUGCGGGAAAGUCAUUUGCUCGAACUGUCGAGUUAAGUCUAAAGUGCCGAAGAUGGGAGGUAAAAUUGAUUAUGUGUGUAUGAAGUGUAAUGAAGAGAUAAACGGUUUUGGAGAUAAGAGAAGAUCAGUUGAUUUAAGCGGAUCAACACCUCAACAAGAAACUGACAAUCCUUUAACUAAAGUGAUGGAAGAAGAUUUUGAACGUCCUAUUAUAUCGGAAAAUGAACAGAAGGUCGAACAAAAGAACGAAGAGUCAACACCACAAAGCGUUGAGUCGCAAAGUAAUGAACAACAACAAAUUCCUCCACAAGUGCAACAACAAAGAAGAGUCACACCUCCAAAUUUACAACAAAACAGCGUGCCAAACGCGCAACAACCAAAAUCCCCAAGAGAAAGAAACUUGCCGCCUAUCCCACCUCAAACUAAACCACCUAUGCACCCAAAACCAAAUCGUCCUAUGCACCAAAAAACAGAGAGUUGUGUCGUGUCGUUUUCACAAGAAAAAGUCGAGAAGACACAAGACAUCGUGUUACCACCACGCCCACCAAUGAAACAGCGAGCGUCACCACAGAUACAAAAAAGUGAAGAGGUUAAAGAGGCAGUGAGUGCAGCGAACGUACAACAAAGCAAACCAGAUUUGACUAAACAAAAAACAGCACCACAAUUGCCUCCACAAAGAAGAACACAACCAGCGUUACCAAAGCAACAAACAACACCAAUUAAUAAAACACUGAAACCUACACCACAAACCGUCAAAAACGAACAGCCAUUACAGAAGAGUGAGCCCGAAAAGGCAGAGGAUAAGGGUGACAAGACCGAUUUCAGAAAUCGCCUUGCGAUGUUCCAAUCACAACAGGGAGAGACUGCAAGUAAACCAGUUCUUCCGCCACGAAGAAAACAAGCGCCUUAA